GAAAGCAACAAAGACCCUUUACUCUUAUUCGAUCCUUAGCGAUGCCUAAUCCAAAACCCUUUUCUUCUUAAACUCCUUCUAUUUUCCUAGCUCUGUUUUGGGAUUCCUCUGGUUUUGCUUUGUUCUGCUGUUCUCCAAUAUGGGUUUCGCCGGGAAAUCUCAGGCGGAGGGAGGUCUAGAGUCCGAGGGGAAGAAAUGGGUGAUCGCCGGCAUAUCGAUGCGAGGGCCGUUGAAGCAAGUUUGUACGAAAGCGAGAGAGAAAGAGAGCGAGGAAGAAGAGGAGGCGUGUUCGACGACACCGACGGGGAAGGAAGCGAGAAUACCGGAGAGAUUGCUGUGCCCGCCGGCCCCGAGAAAGCGCCGUCCGGCUUCCACAUGCCACUCGAAUGGUGCUAGAGAGUUCUUCAUCACCCCACCGGACUUGGAAUCUGUGUUUAUACCACGCGUUGGGAGAUCAAAUUGAGUUUUUAGGUUGAAGGAGUUUCUUUGUACCCUUUAUGGUUUUUUUCUUUAUUGUUUUCUUUUUGGUUCCCGCCCCCCCCCCCCCCCUUUCUCUGUUUCUUUCUUCUCUGUUCUUACUUCUAUGUAGUGGAAAGCGAGUUUUUGUACAGAGAUAUUAUAAUUAUUAUAAGGGUAGUCUAGUUUAGU